GCCUUGAGUCCUGGCAGACUCCAGUGAGUCUGUGGCUUUACAUCUGGUGGGCUGUGUGGGGGAGUGCGGAUGGAAUGGCUACCCCUUCCCUCACCAUCUCCCCCCAUGAAAGUCCUGAACUACUCUGAAGCCCCUCCCUCCAUCUAUCUGGUCUGGUGGGGUAGUUGAGGCCAAGGGGAGCUGAGGCAGCGUAAACUAGAUACGGACUUUGCUUUAUAGGAAACGACUAACAGAGGGGGGAUGAAGCAGAGCCCACAUAGCAAGAAACAGCCACUCUGGCCAGGGCCAGGCUGUGGCCAAGGUAGGGAGGUGAAGAGGUUGGGUGACCGGGUCCUUGGUUCGAGGGAGGGGCUUGUCCUGGGGUGUACACACCCAUCCUUGUGCUACCAAGAGGGACGACAGCGUCUUAGAAAACCAGACCUUUCCAUUGACCUCUGUAUUGUCUGCCUGGGGCCACUCCGGACGAUUACGAGCAGUGGCGGCUACCUUAUCUGGGGCCUGCAGGCGGGUGGUAGCUGCCCCUAACCACCCGCCGUUCUGAGGCCCGGGAGCCGCGGUCACGCUUCCUCUCCCUGACCCAGCAUCACGUCGUGUCCCCGCGCCCUGCGCAUAAACAGGUUUGCACACUCUUAGUGCGGGAGGACACGUAGACUGCCGCCUUGCACCGGGUCUUGCCUCGGAAUAAGGCUGAGGGCGGGGGCGUGGAAGGGUGAGGGAGAGGAGGGCAAGCAACCGGGGACAGGGUGAGGUGAGGGGCAGUGCCUGCGGAGCCGCGCCGUUCGUGGCUCCGAGGGGGCGGCCCUGGGGAGGGGCGUGGCCGGGGGCGUGGCCGCGGAGCAGGAGAGCGGCGACUGGGGCCCCAGCAGCUCGGCAAGAGCGCUGCGCACCCUGUCAGGCCGCCGCCUCUCCCGCAGCCCGGCCGACCCACCCUGCCGGGGCCCUUCCUCAUGCUGACAGGCCCAGCCCCAGAAACCACGGCCCCCAUGUCCCAGGUGGAGGCCGACCUGGCCCUGCGGCCGCCGAAGCCUCUCGCUGCGGCGGGGCCGCCCCGCCUCGGGCCACCUCCUCGCCGGGCGCGCCGCUUCUCCGGGAAGGCUGAGCCCCGGCAGCGCUCCUCCCGUCUCAGCCGCCGCAGCUCCGUCGACUUGGGGCUGCUGAGCUCUUGGUCCCAGCCAGCUUCACCCGUUCCGGAGCCCCCUGAUCCUCCGGAUUCUGCUGGUCCCGGCCCCGAGAGGAGCCCACCGCCUAGCGCUGAAGAGACCCCCGAGGGCACGCGGACCGGGGAAACCCCGGUGAAGCCUGCAGACUCCACGCAUCGGGAGCUCGCGGGCUCUGCAGGAGGCCCGGGGGCCCGGGAACCGCCAAGGACCCCUGAAGCCGCUGCCCGGGAUCGGCGGCGGGAACAGGAGGAGAAGGAGGACACGGAGACCCAGGCAGUGGCAACGUCCCCCGACGGCCGAUACCUCAAGUUUGACAUCGAAAUUGGACGUGGCUCGUUCAAGACGGUGUAUCGAGGGCUGGACACCGACACCACGGUGGAGGUGGCCUGGUGUGAGCUGCAGACUCGGAAACUGUCUCGAGCUGAGCGGCAGCGAUUCUCUGAAGAGGUGGAGAUGCUCAAAGGGCUGCAGCACCCCAACAUUGUCCGCUUCUAUGACUCAUGGAAGUCAGUGUUGAGGGGUCAGGUUUGCAUUGUGCUGGUCACGGAACUCAUGACCUCCGGCACUCUGAAGACAUACCUGAGGCGGUUCCGAGAGAUGAAGCCGCGAGUCCUUCAGCGCUGGAGCCGCCAAAUCCUUCGGGGGCUGCACUUCCUACACUCCCGAGUACCUCCCAUCCUACACCGAGAUCUUAAGUGUGACAACGUCUUUAUCACUGGCCCUACGGGCUCGGUCAAGAUUGGGGACCUGGGCCUGGCCACGCUCAAGCGCGCCUCGUUUGCCAAAAGUGUCAUUGGUACUCCAGAGUUCAUGGCCCCUGAGAUGUACGAGGAAAAGUACGACGAGGCUGUGGACGUGUAUGCGUUUGGCAUGUGCAUGUUGGAGAUGGCUACCUCAGAGUACCCUUACUCGGAGUGCCAGAAUGCUGCACAAAUCUACCGCAAGGUCACUUCGGGCACUAAGCCUAACAGCUUUAACAAGGUGAAGAUGCCUGAGGUGAAAGAGAUCAUUGAAGGCUGCAUCCGCACGGAUAAGAACGAGAGAUUCACUAUUCAGGACCUUCUGGCUCACGCCUUCUUCCGUGAGGAGCGCGGUGUGCACGUGGAGCUGGCAGAGGAGGACGACGGUGAAAAACCAGGCCUCAAGCUCUGGCUGCGCAUGGAGGACGCGCGGCGGGGGGGACGCCCACGGGACAACCAGGCCAUUGAGUUCCUCUUCCAACUCGGCCGGGAUGCAGCCGAGGAGGUGGCUCAGGAGAUGGUGGCCCUGGGUUUAGUUUGUGAAGCUGAUUACCAGCCAGUGGCCCGAGCAGUGCGUGAACGGGUUGCUGCCAUCCAGCGAAAGCGUGAGAAGCUGCGCAAAGCUAGGGAGUUGGAGACCCUCCCCCCAGCACCAGGACCCUCACCAGCAGCUGUCCCCAUGACUCCUGGUCCUCCCAGUAUCUUCCCCACUGAGCCUGAGGAGCCAGAGGCAGACCAGCACCAGCCCUUCCUCUUCUGCCAUGCCAGCUAUUCAUCUACCACCUCGGACUGCGAGACUGAUGGCUACCUCAGCUCCUCUGGCUUCCUGGAUACCUCAGACCCUGCCCUUCAACCCCCUAGGGGGGUGCCAUCCAGCCCCGCUGAGCCCCAUCUCUGCCUGCCCUCGGCUUUUGCCCUAUCCAUUCCACGUUCUGGCCCUGGCAGUGACUUUUCCCCUGGAGACAGCUAUGCCUCAGAUGCAGCUUCAGGCUUUAGCGACAUGGGAGAAGGGAUGGGACAGAUGAGGAGACCCCCCAGCAGAAAUCUCCGGCGCAGACCCCGAUCCCGGCUGCGGGUCACUAGUGUCUCAGACCAGAAUGACAGAGUGGUUGAGUGCCAGCUACAGACGCACAACAGCAAGAUGGUGACCUUCCGAUUUGAUCUGGAUGGGGACAGCCCGGAAGAGAUUGCAGCUGCCAUGGUAUAUAAUGAAUUCAUUCUGCCCUCGGAGCGAACCGGAUUCCUGAGCAGGAUUCGUGAGAUUAUCCAGCGAGUGGAGACCCUAUUGAAGAGAGAUACCGGUCCUGUGGAGGCUGCUGAAGACCAUCUGGACCCUCAGGAGGAGCCAGUGCCAUUGCCUGUCCUCUCGGGCCCCCUCCCAGACCCAUCCAGUGCAGAACUCCAGAGCAGCACCUCCCUGGAGCAGAGGAGCUGGGAAGCCUUCUCUACUUCCCCAUCCUCUCCUGGAACCCCCAUGUCUCCUGGAAACCCAUUUUCCCCUGGAACUCCUGUUUUCCCAAGCCCUGUCUUCCCCCCCAUUGCUUCUCCCCAAUGUCAUCCCAGCCCCUCCACAUCCUCCCAAGUCUCCUUAAAUAUCUCUCCACACCCCCGCAGCUCUCCGCUUCCUUUCUCCCCCAGUGCAGCCCAGUUUCCAGUCCCAUCCUCUCAGUCUCCACCAAGUUCUUUCAUCCCCAGUUCUCCACCAUCCUCCUCUCCCAGUUGUCCCCAGGGCGCUCUUACUCCUCCUCCAUUUCCCUUGUGCUCCUCUACUUCUCCCCUCCCCUCCACUCCAGCAGCCCCUCUCCUCUCUUUAGCCAGUGCCUUCUCACUGGCUGUGAUGACUGUGGCCCAGUCUUUGCUGUCGCCCUCACCUGGGCUCCUUUCCCAGUCUCCUCCAGCCCCACCUGGUCCCCUGCCUGGCCUGCCCUCUCCCCUACCCCUUACUCCUUCUGUCCAGGAGAGGCCUUCACCUCUAACAGCUGAGAUGGAGAGUGAGGCCUUGCCAAAUCCUGCUCUGCCACUCCUGGGUGAAGCCAGAUUAGCACCCAUCUCUGAAGAGGGAAAGCCCCAGCUUGUUGGGCGUUUCCAAGUGACUUCAUCCAAGGAACAAGCUGAGCCUCUUCCCCUGCAACCAGCAUCCGCAGUUCUCUCCAGUUCCCUGAAGCCAGCAACUCCUCAGCUGACCUCGGAGAGUUCGGACACAGAGGACAAUACUGGAGGCGGGCCAGAAGCCAGGGAGGCUCUGGCUGAGAGCGACCGUGCACCCGAGGGCCUGGGGACUGGAGUAGAAGAGGAAGGGGACGAUGGAAAGGAACCCCGAAUGGGGGGCAGCCCCCCACCCUUGAGCCAUCCCAGCCCUGUGUGGAUGAACUACUCGUACAGCAGCUUGUGUCUGAGCAGUGAGGAAUCAGAGAGCAGUGGGGAAGAUGAGGAAUUCUGGGCUGAGCUGCAGAGUCUUCGACAGAAGCACUUGUCAGAGGUGGAGGCACUACAGACUCUACAGAAGAAGGAAAUUGAGGACUUGUACACCCGACUUGGGAAGCAGCCCCCGCCGGGUAUUGUGGCCCCUGCUGCUAUGCUGUCCAGCCGCCAGCGCCGCCUCUCCAAAGGCAGCUUCCCCACCUCCCGCCACAACAGCCUGCAGCGCUCUGAGCUUCAGGGCCCUGGCAUCAUGCGAAGGAACUCCCUGAGUGGCAGCAGCACCGGCUCCCAGGAGCAGCGGGCAAGCAAGGGGGUGACAUUCGCCGGGGAUGUUGGCAGGAUGUGAAUUCAGAAGCCAUGUGUCUCCCCCACACCAGGACCCACCAUGGAACUUGUUGUGCUCUCAGAAUCUGCUGACCAACACAACUCCACAAGGAAGACCCCAGCACUGAAGGAGUAGGCCAGAGGGGCAUGGAGGGUGUGGCUCCAUUAUAGGGAAAAGCCAAACAUGUGGAAACUAUUUACUGUGUGUAGAAGGUAUUAGUUCUGCAGCCUGCCGUCCUUAUUCCUGCCACCUCCCCAGCCAAGGGUCAACCACUAAGCAAUCCCACCCAAGCUGAUAUUUCUAGAGUGCAAACCCCCAGCUGAGGAUGUGGAGGGGAUGUACUCACACCAGAAUUAGUGGCAGCCAAUAAAAAUGCUGGAAACUAGGA